GAAGAUACUGAAAGACAUCAUGGGAGACCACGGAUCAACAAUUACAACUUCUUCUCCAAAGUUGGCAUCUCCUCUUCUUUCUCAGGACCUCUGGCAGUCACCCAGGACCUGACCUCCACUUUUGGGCUGGACCUGCUCUUUUUGGAGGGUGGAUUCCUGAGGAAGAGCGUCUCCGACUUCUCCCUGCUCAGCCA